AUGGCAAAUCAAGAAUUUGAAGCCCAACUGGAGUUGGAGAAGCUAGAGAAGACGAAAAAAGAACUUACAGAAGAAGGUGUAACUGAUCCAUACACUUACAUUAGCCCAGACGAUGGCACAGUUUAUGAGUGGAAUCAAGAAAAACAAGCAUGGUUUCCUAAGGUUAAUGAUGAUGACAUAGCUAGAUAUCAUCAGUUGAGCUAUAACUAUGUGAACACAGAAGAAGAAUCAAAGCCUGAAGAGAAACUUGAAGAAAACAAACCGAAAGGGGAGAAACGCAAGCCUAGUGAUCCCUGUAAGUAUUGUAUAUUUAUUGAUUUUGUGUAGUAUUAUA